UUGUCUGACGGGUCUCACAGAUCCUGCGAGGGGAGAGAUACAGGGAAAGACAAGGAGCUGCUCGCAUCUAACCACCACAAGGACCACAGUGUGUGGUACGAGGAGGCAGCGACCGUCAGUGGAGGGGGCUACAGGUCUUGAGGACGGAGUCACUUCUUCCUCAUCCACAUCUUCCCUCUGGGGCGUGUUGUGUUUAGCAUAUUUAACGCCAGCAUUAGCAAACCAAGGAAUGUUAACUCUAGGGUUUUCUAGACCAGAAGCCUACAACAUCCUCUUCUAAAUGUAGAACGACCUUAGUGCCGGUGGAUAACCCCCUCCGAAGCACACCUAUAGUGAAUUUGAACUGGCAGUGGAUACUACAGCUUCCAUCCAGACAGCAAACCAAAGCAGAGCAUUUCCAUUGCUCCAUUUUUAUUAAUUAAAUCCAUAACUUUGACUAUUUAUAUUCCCUUUUUUUGGAAGGAUUCCUGUAGCUGUGAGCUUCAAAGACAUAUUUUUAAAAAAGUAAUCUGUAAAAAUGGGUCCUGGAAUGGAAGCAGCAGACAUAGCUGUGGUAGCACUGUAUUUUGUCUUGGUGCUAGUCAUCGGGUUUUUUGCCAUGUGGAAAGCCAAUCGCAGCACUGUGAGUGACUACUUCCUGGCUGGACGCUCCAUGACGUGGAUAGUGAUAGGUGCAUCACUCUUCGUGAGUAACAUUGGCAGUGAACAUUUCAUAGGCCUGGCUGGAUCAGGAGCAGCAAGUGGCUUUGCUGUUGGAGCAUGGGAAUUUAAUGCACUUCUUCUUCUGCAGCUGCUUGGCUGGGUGUUUAUCCCUGUGUAUAUCCACUCAGGAGUCUACACCAUGCCUGCGUACCUGUCGAAACGCUAUGGUGGCGACAGGCUAAAGGUUUACUUUGCUUUUUUGUCUGUGUUACUUUACAUUUUUACCAGGCUAUCUGUGGACUUGUAUGCUGGAGCUCUCUUUAUUCAGGAGUCCCUUGGGUGGAACCUUUAUCUGUCCAUUGUACUGCUUAUCAGUAUGACUGCACUGCUCACUGUCACCGGUGGACUGGUGGCAGUUCUGUAUACGGAUGCCCUUCAGGCAGUGUUGAUGAUUGGUGGAGCCCUAACCUUAACCAUCAUCAGCCUAGUCAAAGUCGGUGGGUUAGAGGGUGUCAGAACUAAGUACAUGCAGGCAAUUCCCAAUGUUUCUGCUAUAAUGGCUACUGGAAAUUUCACCUAUUCUCCUUCCUGUCGUAUUGAGCCUAAACCAAACUCACUACGCAUCCUUCACGGUCCUCUGGAUGAAGACAUCCCUUGGCCAGGUUUCAUUCUUGGCCAGACCCCUGCAUCUAUUUGGUACUGGUGUGCAGACCAGGUCAUUGUUCAGAGAGUACUAGCAGCAAAGAACAUUGCUCACGCUAAGGGCUCGACACUCAUGGCUGGAUUUCUCAAGAUCCUGCCCAUGUUUGUCAUAGUCAUUCCAGGAAUGAUCUCUCGCAUCUUGUUUGCGGAUGAGAUCGCCUGCAUUGGGCCAGAGCACUGCAUGGCUGUGUGUGGUUCUCAGGCCGGUUGCUCAAACAUUGCCUACCCUCGUCUGGUCAUGGCUGUGAUGCCUGUGGGACUCAGGGGUCUGAUGAUGGCGGUCAUGAUUGCUGCCCUGAUGAGUGAUCUUGACUCAAUCUUCAACAGUGCAAGCACCAUCUUCACCCUGGACAUCUACCAAACUUUUAGGAGGAAGGCAUCACAGCGUGAGCUGCUAAUUGUGGGCCGCUUGUUUGUUGUACUCAUGGUGGUCAUCAGCAUUGCUUGGGUCCCUGUUAUCAUUGAAAUGCAAGGUGGACAAACAUACCUGUACAUCCAGGAAGUUGCUGGCUACCUCACUCCACCAGUCGCCGCCCUCUUCCUGCUAGGUGUGUUCUGGACACGGUGUAAUGAGAAGGGUGCAUUCUGCGGAGGCAUGACAGGUUUCAUACUAGGUACCAUACGACUGAUCUUAGCUUUUAUCUACCGCCAGCCUCUCUGUGACCAGCCAGAUAAUAGGCCUGCCUUCAUCAUUCAUGUUCAUUACAUGUAUUUUGCUGCUGGGCUGUUCUGGAUUUCAGGGCUGGUAGCAGUGGUGGUCAGCCUCUGCACCUCUCCACCAGAUAAAGAGCAGGUUUGCACCACCACAAUCUGGGGGCUCCGCAACAUUGAAAUUGUUCCUGCAAAGGACCGAAAGGAAAUGUACAGGCUGUCUGACAAGAAUUGUAAUGGUGAGGCAAGCCUACGUAAAGAAUUGCCAACAGAUGUCAGAAAGGAGAGGUGUUUGGAUGGGGCGGAUGUCAAACUCCUGGUCCCAUCCACUGAACAUGACCCAGCAACCCCUAGUACAGAAACAUCCCCUGCAACCACCCCUGCAGAACGAUUUGGUGAUAGAAGGAUGGAGAUGAUCAGAGCGGAGGAAGGCUGCAAUGGGAAUGGGGAGAGUAGCAGGUGCAUGAAUUUACGGAACUGGUUUUGUGGAUAUAAGGACGGAGCACAGAGUGCGCAGCAAAAAGUGGUGCAGGAUGAUGCAGGAGCCAUUGCAGAGAUGUUGUACGAGCCACCUAGAGUUAAACUUGUCCUGAACUUGGGUCUGUUAUGCGUCUGCUCUGUGGGCAUCUUCCUGUUUGUUUAUUUUUCACUGUAGUUGAACCCUGCACCGAACUAAUGGGGACUUUUAUGGAACUGGUUUUGUUGAUAUAAGGACGGAGCACAGAGUGCACAGCAAAAAGUGGUGCAGGACGAUGCAGGAGUCAUUGCAGAGAUGUUGUGCGAGCCACCUAGAGUUAAACUUCUCCUGAACUUGUGUCUGCUCUGUGGGCAUCUUCCUGUUUGUUUAUUUUUCACUGUAGUUGAACCCUGCACCGAACUAAUGGGGACUUUUAUCAAGGUGGAAGGUAUGUGGGGCUCAAACUGUUGAAUUUUCAGAGAUUUGAGACGCUCUGUCUGUAAUAUUUACAGUUGUCUUUUGUAGCUAUCUAACAGGGAUCUAAGCUUAUUCUAAUCAUUUUUAAAAAAUGAUUAAAGCUUCUUCAUGUGAAAAAAACAAUACUCCUUUAUGACUAUGAAGCCUAUCUGGCAAUGGUGUGUCCAUUUUGUACAAUUCUUGUUGUUAAUCCUUCAUUCAGAAUAUCUACUGGGAUUUUUAGAAUUGUAGUACUCUAAGCGAAUUUAAUAUUUGCCUUAUUUGACAUAUGCACAUGUCUUUCUUUUUUUGUACGGUGAAAAAAAACAUGUAUUCUGUGAUAGAAGCUUUUUUUCCACUCUUGUUGACAGUGACUGUAAGUUUAGUUGCUGGUAUAGCAUACAUAUGUCUGUAAAAACUAUUUUAGGUUAUUGCCCUUUUUUUUUUUUUUUUUUUUUUUUUUUUUACAUGUUUCUGCCUCUGAACACUAUUACUACAUUAAUAUUGAUAGAAUUUCAAGUAUGUUAUUACAAUUUAAUUAUUAUUCCCUGGACAGUCCUUUCAGGGUUGUCACCUGAUAAUUGUCCAAAUGUUUUGCUGUAGAGAAUAUGAUAUCCAAGCUUAUCUCUUAUGAGGGGGAUCAUUAUGACAUUUAUAAAACAAGAAUUAAUAUAAAAUGCUAAGAAGCAUUGCUUCUCUGCUGGUGUUGCAUAUGACCAUUAAGUUUAUGGUGAUAAUUAUAUCCACUGGUUUCAUUUAGCCUACUGGAGGUAUUGCAUAAAAAAUCAUUUUGCCAAGCUUGCAGUUAAUACAAGGUAUUUAGAAUAUGUACAUAUUUUAUGGCACAGAAAAAAAAGAGAAGAAGCACAAUAUUAGAAAUGAUCCUCUUUUAAGAUUUUUUGUUUUUCAUUGGAAGAGAAAAAAUAGCCAAACUUAAUAUUGUGUGGUACGUAUUCUUUUUGAUUGGCUGUUAUAUGUUACAUCUGGAGCUGUACUGUUUUUUUUUUAUGGCUUAAAUAUUGCAUUUUCUACAACUGUUUUUUUUGUGUCCGUUUUCUGUUAUUGUAUCACCAACAUGCAGCUUUUUAUGCACUACACUAUUACACACUACCAUAACAAAACGCCCCAAGUACCAAUACUCAUGAUUCUGUAUCAAUUUACAUUUUAUGCAUCUCUGGUUUUAUGUUUCAUUGUUACAUUGUUGAAAAGUGUGUGGAGUCUGUUGCAUUAUGUUAACAUUGUGUACAAUGUAAUACAAGGCUCACUGGAUCACAGACAGUAUACAUUUCUUCUAUAUUAGGCUAUCUCUUGUGUAUCCACUGUGCGUCAAUGUACCUUUAGUGCACUGCAGUGCUGAAAUGUCAUUUAAUCUUGUUUCAUGUGUAUCUUUUAUACACCACCUACCAAAUGUCUUAGCGUGCAAUGCUUAAGUGAAAAAAACACAAAAAAGUCAAAGAAAACAAAAAAAAAGUGUUAAGUUUUAUGUCCUGAAAGUUUUUCUGCAUUUCCCUUUUGAAUUAGCUGCAUAUCAGCAGAGAAUUAUAUAAUGUAAAUCGUAAAUGACAUUUCAGACGUUUGUUACAGGAUUAGAACAUCGCUGGAUGAGUUUACACAUGACAUUAUCAAGGGUAAUUCAACCAGGUAUACAAAAUUACUGGCCUUCUGAGUUGUGCUCUUUACUUCCACAAUGUAAGGUGCCCAGAUAUGAACACAACCAACACAGAAAUUAAAAAAGAAAAAAAAAAAGAAAAAAUGUAUUUGUUGUAUUUUAUAAUUUGGAAGCAGUGUUGAAUGACCUCAGUGCAAAAAGUCAAUGUCGUAAUGUGACAGGCCAAUCCUUAUCAAUGUCAGGCAUAAAUGAUGCAUAAGAUAUAAAGGAUUGAUAAGUGGUGAUUGCUGUAUGGGAAAGAGCUUUAAAAUCUUGUCUUUCUUUCUGAGAGUUAUUUUUAUGUAUUUUAUUUUUAGACACUGAAAAUAAAACUUCCAUUGAGACAAAAAAACAAAACAAAUGUGUACCCAUUAUUUAUUUUGUGUGAGAAACAACUUUUUGAAUUGUGUACUUCAGAACAUUGCAACACCAGAAAUUUGACAACUUGACUGAGUAAUUCAAAUUAGGUGGAAUUUUCUUUGUCAUGCACCAUUUCAACUCUCACACAUUUUGCUUACUCCUCCACCAAACCCCCAGUCGACUCAUGCCCUCGCUUUUUCCCCAUGAGGAAACUAAUGAUAUUGUCCUUGUGGAAAAGUACUGGCAUCCAGGCCACGCUUUGUUCAUUGUCUAUUUUGGACAGUGAAAACAUGAACAAUAGUCGAACAAUAGUGAAACAAAUACUCCAACUGGCUUCACAACUUUGGAAUGAUGAUUUUAUUAGAUAUGAUGAAUUAGGCUGCAUGCAUUGCAAUCUGUCAAUAGCUACAUAAAAAAUGUAGUCAUUUUAUAUGAAUAUUAUUGAAUAUUGAAUAGUUAUGUUUUAUGCAGGCUUGCAAAUUCAGCCCAAAUGUAAACACUGCUUAAGUCGUAUUCACAAAUGUAAAUGUUGCAUUUCUUAUAGCCUUCAUACAGCCUUCUCUAUAGCACAACACAUCAGUGUCAGUUGAACUCUGUGGAGGAUAAGAUACUAUUCCUUUGCCUAAAGACAUAUAAAGCAGGACUUACCAAAAUUAAACACCAUAAAGCAAACAUAAUUUAGUUGGUCUUCAUUCACAUCCUGUUGGUAGACUGUAAGUGUUUGCAGUGCCCCAGCCAUCUGCCUAUAUUUUGUAUUCUUAUUAUCACUGUUUGGGAUCUUUCAAAAUGGAUAUCUUUUGAUAAGGGGUAUGAAAUACAUAGUAGGUCAUGAAUGCCCAGAGCAGAUCCUCUGAGGUAGUACUUCCUGAGAUGCUGUCUACUGCUACCAACAAGCUCUAGUAAUCAAAUGGUUCAGGUUAGAUGGACGGUUAAGAUAACCGUUAGGGCUGUGAUUGGGGUUAAGGUGGUCUGCUGCCAAACGUGGUUUCUUGCCAGGAGCCGGCGGUGGUGGCCAUAAUUGUUGCUAGGCCAGAGGUUAGUAUACGCCCUUUAAGCAGUGCUGGUUAUCAUGCUAACUUCAGUAGAAGAAUAUAAGUGAUACAAAUAGAAUCAAAUAGAAGCAAAAAAAGAGUUAACAUUGUUGUUGCUUUCCAAAGUCAGAAACAAGACAUGAAGUUUGAUGCUGAGCAUGCUUCAACAUUUUUUUUAGACUGGUAAGUAAACAGCUGUUAAUGCUAACGUUGGCUAUGUUGCGAUAGCAAAAACAUACAUAUAGCACCUUUAAAUUUGGUCAGUCCUUCAAAAACAGGUUGAUAAAUGGUUUUUCAAGCCUGCCUCUCAACUUAUGAGACCUAGCAGGGAUACUAGCAGCUAAACACCCAGCAUAAAGAAAGAAAAGAUACAGAUAACUAUUAGCUCUAACAUCACUUAGCAGUGUUUGGUUCCCUUACGAAACAUGAAAUGUCUGUGGUACUAGUCCCUUAUGACCCUGUGGUACUAUA